GACGUCGGCGGAAAGAGCGGGCGUUGCUAGGGGGACUCGGCGAGGCGGAAGUGGAGGCGGCGGUUGGGCCGAUAACAACUUAGAAGAAGAAAAAAAGAGGCUAUGUUCGGCUUCUUCCGAAAAAGUCAAGAUUCAAAGAAGAUUGCAGUGCCAGAGAGAGAAGCAGAUGGAUUUGUUAUUGUGGGUGAGACAGCUGAUGAUCAAAACAGAGAGUCAAAGGACAAAACUUCGUUUCCAGAGACCAGACCGACCUACAGCCAACCUUCACAGACGAAUACCGGGCACCGAUCGCAGUUGACGGUAUCAAGUGCAGAGAUGGGAAAUGGAAGGAGUCAAAAUUUGGAAAGCAGCCCUUUCAUGUCAGAUCUUCUGAGUGACGUACCCUUUGCCCUAGCACCACAUGUGUUAGCAGUACAGGGCACCCGUAAUGACGUUCCUGACCGAUUGCUCACCUAUGACAUCAAUGACAAUUUAUCAAGAUUUUGGUAUGACUUUACACUUGAAAAUUCAGUGCUUUGUGAUCUGUAAUGUUUUCUUGAUCUUUUCUGUAUGUGUCAAGUCUUAAUGUGAAGAUAAAAACUCGUUUUAAACAUCUUGAUAUUUUGGGGGCCUACCACUGGAUAUGAGAUCCAUUGGAUCCAAAGGAUUGUUAUUCGGUACUAUGUUAUAUUCUGUAGCUUUAAGUGAACUGUAACUUGCUAUGUUAGGUAUUCUGUUUAUCUCCAAAGAAAUCAAGUAAAGCUGUUUCAGCCCGGGCUGGCUGUUGGUAUCUACUUCCCGUAGGUAGGCUGUAGGCGCAAACAUUUCAUAACUUUAAGAUGAAGUCUAUGCACAUCUGCACUGUUUUGUUAUUUCACUCUGAUACUAAGCACAUAUAUCCUGUUCUACACGUUCCUUUAAGAUCACCUUUGAUUUUCUGCAGAUAGGAGCCAGUAUUAACGUUACAGCAAUGCUUCUUUGUUCUACUGGACAGAGAGCUUCCCAGCCAAAAACUUUUAAAACCCAGACUUAAUUCUGGCUACUGAAAUAGUUAGGAGUACUUCACCCAGUCAAUUAAACUUACUGAUUUGAAAGUGACAACCAGUUGCCGCACUGUCUUCCCUGUAGAUGGUAUUUGUGGCCUCCCCAUUUUGUGCUGCUUCUGUUCCCUGGAGAAGUCCUCUUGGGCUGCCUGUUGGCUGCUGUUUGUUCUCACUGCCACAUGUGUUCCUGAUUUAUACACGGAUCAGCUUUUCCAUUUUAACCUCUUUGCCCCCUAAAGAAGGAAAUCUCAGGACACGUACUUUUAAUGGUCACACCCUUCUUUUUUAAUUUGUGUGCCAGAGAUACAGAUGGCAAUGUUUAACAACAGGAAAACAUUACAUUGUUCCUUAUCCAGCUAAAUUAGAUGGUUAAGUACCUAAACAUGCUUUCUCACAAACCACUAUGUCCCCUGCUCACCACCUUCGGGUUUUUCCAACUAAAACAAGAGUUGCUGUUGUAAUAUCACAAUUUGCGUGAAUAACAAUCUGUGUAGCUCGAAAGAUUACACUGUUUUUCUCUCUUGGGGUAGAAUAUUUGCAUUGUGCCAAAUGCUAGUAGAUAUUUUCAUAUAUUUUCUAUGCUCUGUGAUAGCUUAAUAUAUGCAGAUUUUCAGACUUGUGUCCUCUUGUGUUAGAGAUAAAAACCAUAAAUGAUGGAGAAAUUACAUUGUGAAUGUGUCUUAGGCUGUUAAAAAUAUUUUUUUUUCAGAUUUUUUUUUAAUGUAUGUAUUUAAGUAAAUUUGUUAGCAUAUUUUUGACAAUUUAUGUUCAUAAAUGUUUUGAAGUAAUUGUUUCAGGGAAAGUAUCUGUGCUGCACUCUCAAUAAAAAUGUGUUAAAUAAUUUGUGAGAGUUUAACUU